UGAGGAUUGAAAUUCACCCAGGAUAAAGUAUUCCCCUCCGGGAAAUUCAGCUUUUCUGUGCAGCUAAACGACACUACGUUCAGAGGAAAGGGUAUCUCUCAAGCGGCAGAGACACCAGUUCACUUACUAUUUCCUGAACCUCAACCGCUGACUAUGAUGGCGAGCAGAAUGCUAGUUUUGUAUCCAAAGCCACUAGUUAAAAUAUUUCGGACAGCAGCACCGUUCGCAAGAGUCACACAGCCAGAAGCAGCUGCCGCCUCUGACUGUAAGCACUUUAGGAUGAUAGAGAAGAGCGGAAUUAAUGGACAAAUUUUCAAUAUCACCGAGAAUAUGGGCAUCGUUUAUGUCCAGGAUUACAAAAAAUUAAGAAACCCUAGAAUAGAGUAUAUCAGCCUGAAUAUCUCGUGGUCAAGAAACAAUGUGAUCGAAUUCGAUGAAAUGCAAGUAAGAAUAAUCAACGAGCCAAAUCAAACCUGCGGAAAUAUCAGCAGAUAUCAAGCGUACGUGGAAAUGUAUUGUGCCCAAUACGAAACCGCCAAUGACUGUCUCAGGGCUGACGCAUGCGCUUUGGCUACUGGUGGAUCUUCUAGUGUAGAAAGACGGAGGGGACCUGAAAGAUGUAUGUGGAGAGGAGACAGAUUUGCCCAGAACAUCACUCACAUAUACUCCACCUGCACCCCAGACACUGAAACCUGUCCAGACGGACACUGCGACCCUUUAGAAGAAUUGCAUGAAAUGAUAUGUCCCCAAGAUUGUACGUCGGACGCUCUUCUGCCUCUGAAGAUCAACUCGAAAACCGGAAGGGGUAUAGACGAGGCGAGUGGAGCAGUGAUAUGCCACAGAAUAGGAGGCUGUACAUCCAUAAAGAAGUUUGACAACGAGAAGAACUUUUCAAAGAAAAGCAGAAAACAUUCUGCAGAUAAUAAUGUCAUAAACUCACUGGACCAAUCAAACAGCAGCAAACAAGUGAGAAAUGUGACCAGUGAAAGACCUUUAGAGCUCCAAAUGGCGAAGUGUGGCACCUUUUGUAUAAUCGGAACCGGAGCUGGGAUCUUUCUUCUUGGAAGCUUUAUCACAUUUAUUGCGGUAUGCUGGAGAAACACCAAGUCUAAAAAAAUGCGCAGAGAUAAGUACAGUGAGGAUAAUCACGAAAUGACAGCACCAUUAUCGAUUGCUGUCCACGAGAACAUACGCAGUCAGCCGCUUACGGUGAAUUUCCAGAUGUUCAAUCCAAGCUUCGAAGACAGGGCUCGAGAGAUAAUCAAGAAGUAUGCGCCCGAUGCCAAAUGGGAGUUCCCGAGGGAUCAGCUUGUUAUCGAGCAGACUCUAGGGGAGGGGGAAUUCGGAAGAGUGCUGAGAGCGAAGGCGUUCAACAUUGGAGGCUUGCAAGGAUACACCACAGUAGCAGUGAAGACACUAAAGGAAGACGCGAGGGAUGCUGAGCUAAAUGACCUCUUAUCUGAGUACCAACUGCUGAAGGAAAUAUCACAUCCAAAUGUCAUCAGCCUUCUGGGUGUCUGCACUAGCAUUGGAGGGCCAGUUUACCUGAUUAUUGAGUACGCUGAGUACGGAUCUUUAAGGAACUACCUUAGAAGAAGUAGGAAGUUAUUAGGAGAUUGCAUGGAUGAGGCUGAGGUACAUUACGAUGAGCCAAAGCAAAGGAAUGUGACUCCAAAGGAUUUGCUGUCCUUCGGAUGGCAAAUAUGCAACGGGAUGGCGUAUCUUAGUGACAUCAAACUAGUUCAUAGGGAUCUUGCAGCUCGUAACGUGCUACUUGCGGAAAACAAGAUAUGCAAGAUAUCUGACUUUGGACUAACACGAGAUGUUUAUGAAGACAACGCCUAUUUAAAGCGAAGCAAAGGCAGAGUACCUGUAAAGUGGAUGGCUCCAGAAUCGCUAGCGGAUCAUAUCUACACAUCUAAGUCAGACGUGUGGAGUUUUGGAAUACUUGUCUGGGAGCUAGUGACCUUAGGAGCGACACCCUAUCCAGGGAUUGCAGUUCAAAACUUAUUCCACCUGCUUAAACAAGGGUAUAGGAUGGAGAGACCAAACAACUGUUCACCGGCGCUGUAUCAGAUAAUGAAGAGCUGCUGGCACCUGGACCCAGAACAAAGGCCAAGCUUCCACGAGCUACUUCGGCAGUGGGAAAAAUUACUGGAAGACAGAACGGUGUACGUAAAUCUGUCCAAUAAUGCAAUAACCAAUAGAGGAUACUUCUUGUCCCCAUUUGAGGAAAAAGAAGAUAACUCUGUGGAGGAGGAUAUGGGAAUAAAUUCCCUCAACUACCUGUCAAGAUCUGAGUCGUACGAAAAAUGUGGAGAAGUCGGAAAGCUACUAGGUGAUCAAUCGCAAGAAGGAAAACCAACCACCGCUACCAUCCAAGGCUACGAAACACCCGUCAAGGUUCCAAAGAAGGUCACUCCGCAGAACGAAGAUCCAGAGGAAUAUACGGAUAUGAACAGAAAAUAAUCAAAUAAAUAGAAAAUAACGGAAUUCUAAAAGCACGAGUUGUUGUAAUGCACUGGCUAAAUAGCUACGAUAUCCAUCGAUUGGCGAUGAUUUAAACUUGUCGUGGAUGUGAUAUUUAAAAGAGAGAUAUUUUUGUUUUAUGUUAUGUACUUAAGAAUUGCGUUUUGAGUCAUAUGCUGAUUAUACCUUCUUGCGAUCCAGUACUUGCAUUUCACAUGUCGCAUUCAUUUAAUCUGAUGCAGCGCUGUUUCACUACUACAGACUACGAGUACUUACCUUACUUAUUUAGAUACCUUAGCCAAUCAAACCUUUCACAGUCACACCAAGUUGAAGAAUAGGCCUAAUUUGUAUACAAAACUAAGAAUGUGCGCUUUUAAGAUCAAGUUUUAUAUAUUUUGUAACUACACAAAUAGGGCUAUAUAUUUUGAUAACUAAGUAGACAUGCUUCUAAUCAGCGAAUAUCAAACAAAUAUCCGUAACACUCAACAAUGCCGUCACAAGACACACAAAUAGCUAGGUAGUUCUAAGUAGAACAUACAGUCAAGUCAACAUACUGUAACGGCUACGUCACUGGUAAUAUUUCUGCUUCAUGUUCGGAGUCAUUGUAUACUGAGCCACAAAAAAGGUAAAUACCUACGUAUGUUUAUCCGAUUUCAAUAAUUUUCGGCACAUAUAUUCAGCAUCCCUCACUAGUAAAAUGUUCAGCUUAAUUGGCCAACUGACUGCAGAUGCUGGUUCAAUAAUGUGUUGAGGAUCCACGAUCGGUAUCAUGCUGGGGUAUCUCAUACCAGGCUACUGCAAUAUUGUGAGUAAGAGCUGGUAAAGUCUGUGGAGGGUGUUGCAAAUUGUCCCAGACAAGUUCAAUUGGAGAUAGGUCAGGCGAUCGUGGUGGCCAAGGUAAAUGGUUGCAUGUUGCAUGCGGUCUUGCAUUGUCUUGC